CAAAAUAGGUUGAUGGUUACUGAGCAUAAAGCCGAUAGAUAAUUGCAUAAUUUUCAGUAAAAUUUAAUGAAAUUCGCCGUGUUGUGUGGUUAUCUUAAAGAAUAAUCAAUUUCUAUCCUAAAUGAGACCUUCGUGAUGUGUGAAUAGCUAUAAUUCCUCACCAUUUUACAGGUCCCUUGCCAUAUUUUGCAGCCAGGGUUUCUGUUCUGCUGUUAAGCUACUUUUAGCGGUAAAUAUUGAUGGCAAGUCCGACAAUGGCAACUCUGGAUGUUACCCAGGAGGCUGCUGUGAAGCCUUCAGUUCUGAAUCUGGCCGAUGAGUCUUCAAUGAUUGACGAAGUCAACAAUUCACAAUAUAUUGCCACGCCAUCCGUGGCCAGCGUCUCCUGGGAUGACCUUGACCCGACCGACACACGUGACCUGCAGAUCAAGGUCGAUGACCCACAGAAGCAUGUCACCAGCAUGGAGACCUACAUUACAUUCCGCAUAUCAACUAAGACAUCGCGCGCCGAGUUUGACGACAGCGAGUACUCUGUCCGGCGCCGGUACAACGAGUUUCUGUGGCUGAGAGCGCGCCUCACCGAGGCAUACCCUACUCACAUUGUCCCGCCUCUACCGGAGAAGCACAGCCUGCUGGGUCAGCUGGACCGCUACCAGCGCGACUUCAUCCGGUCCCGGAUGGCGCUGCUGCACCGCUUCAUGAACCGCGUGGCCGACCACCCCGUGCUCAGCUGCAACGACAGCUUCAAGCUGUUCCUCGUCUCCAAACCGUCGGAGUUUGCCGUGCACCGCAGUCGGGGUCGCAGUGUGCUGAACCGCGUCUCCGAGUCGCUGCACGGCCUCACCACUGCCGGCGUCCAGAGCCGCUCACCGGAGAUCCAGCGCGUGCUCGACUACGCCGAGAAGCUGAGCGACAAGCUGACUGCCCUGGAGAAGGCCAGCAGCCGCAUCCAUAAGGACAAGACAGUGAUGAUCGGUGAGAUGCAGCGGCUGCAUCCGACACUGACGCUGAUGUCGGCCUCGGAGCCGGAGCUGGGGCCGCUGCUGCGCGCCGCCGCCGGCGCCGUAUCGCGCUGCGCGGCCGCCGAGCAGGCCGUGACGGACGCGCAGCCGGCGCAGCUCGAGCAGCCGCUGCGCGAGUACGUGCUGUACGCAGAGGCGAUCCGGGAGGCGCUCGGACGCCGGGACGCCGUACAGGCGCAGUUCGAGGCCACGGCGGCGGAAAUACAGCGGAAGGAGGCCGAGCGGGCGCAGGUGAACGCCGGUCACGCCCCAUCCGGCCUGAGCUGGGUGUUCAGUCGCGCCACCCCCGAGGCCCUCAAAGCCGAGGAGGAGAAACUCGGCAAACAGCUCCACCAGCUCAAGGUCGAUCUGGAGUCUCUGAACGACCGUCUGGAGUGCGCCAACUCGAACCUGCUCGCCGACAUGGAGCGCUGGGAGAAGCUCAAGGUUCGCGACAUCUCUCAGUUGCUCGGCGCCAUGGGCGACAGCCAGAUCAACUUCUACGAGGAGCUCGGAGCUGGGUUGGCGAUCACGGCAGGUCGGAGGAGCCUGCGCGGAUCAUCUGAACAGAGGGAAGAACGACAGUCGCUGCUGUGACGGCGACAGCUGCAGCGGCCGGGGAGGCCGCCGGUCCGUGCUGAGCUCGACUGCCAGGGGACCUGCGGGUGGAAUCGGAGGCUGUCAGAGGGCGGACCGCAGGUCCGGGCUGAGCUCGACUGCCAGGGGACCUGCGGGUGGAAUCGGAGCCUGUAAGAGAAAGCGGAAGAGGGGAGAGGGCUGAGAACGGGCUCUGAGAACGGGCCAGCGAGACAUAGAUCGAUUGACAACUUACGAUCGAACUCGAAGGAGGGAGUCCCAGGCGUAUAUGAACGUUUACUUUGUUGGAGUGUCUGUGGUACGCGAUGUUUGUAGAAACGAUAGUUUGAAGCGUGCAGGAUCCAUUCAACACAUUUCCAUCACCAUUCGUGACUUAUCCAGCCAGUUCUGCCUCUCCCUCGCCGUUUUACCCAGUCUGACGCUCGCUCCCUGCACCCACCGUUGGGAGUCCCGGCGUUCCGCUGUGUCAGCUCUGCCGUCUCUCUGGCCAGCCCUCCCUCCUGCUGGGCCGGCCAUCCGACUCCGCUGAGGUGGGCUUCCUCCAUCUGUGCUAUACAGCGCAGCAUCUCCGGCCACGGCCGGCUGAGGAAGUUGCCGUCCCGCAGCGCCAGCAGGAUCAGCAUCUUGACCGUGUCCAUGUCCCUGGCCUUGAUCUCGGCGUCGCCGGCGCUGGCGGAGGCCAGGGCGAAACGGGCCAGCGUCUGUAGGUAGGCGUCACGCUCCAUCUGUGGGAUGGAGGAGGCAUGAUGUGGCGAGAGGGACACGAUGAAUAGCUCCAUACAAGGGCGUAGCUUUUUCUUAAUUUAGACAUUACCUUGUGGGUGUGAUUGUGCUUGAGAGUGUAACCUUUAAUAACCUUGGCUUCGCAAUAGUGUGGGUUGUUUGGGAGCCAGCCGUGGCGGACCCCAACUGUUGCAGUCUAUACCUGCAUCUGGAACAGGCAGUGGGCCCUUACCUGCAUCUGGAACACGCAAGGAGCCCGUACCUGCAUCUGGAACACGCAGGGAGCCCGUACCUGCAUCUGUAACACGCACGGAGCCCUUACCUGCAUCUGGAACACGCAGGGAGCCCUUACCUGCAUCUGGAACACGCAGGGAGCCCGUACCUGCAUCUGGAACACACAGGGAGCCCGUACCUGCAUCUGGAACACGUAGGGAGCCCUUACCUGCAUCUGGAACACGCAGGGAGCCCGUACCUGCAUCUGGAACACACAGGGAGCCCGUACCUGCAUCUAGAACACGCAGGGAGCCCGUACCUGCAUCUGGAACACGUAGGGAGCCCUUACCUGUAUCUGGAACACGCAGGGAGCCCGUACCUGCAUCUGGAACACACGGAGCCCGUACCUGCAUCUGGAACACGCAGGGAGCCCGUACCUGCAUCUGGAACACGUAGGGAGCCCUUACCUGCAUCUGGAACACGCAGGGAGCCCGUACCUGCAUCUGUAACACGCAGGGAGCCCUUACCUGCAUCUGGAACACGCAGGGAGCCCGUACCUGCAUCUGUAACACGCAGGGAGCCCGUACCUGCAUCUGUAACACGCAGGGAGCCCGUACCUGCAUCUGUAACACGCAGGGAGCCCUUACCUGCAUCUGGAACACGCAGGGAGCCCGUACCUGCAUCUGGAACACGCAGGGAACCCGUACCUGCAUCUGGAACACGCAGGGAGCCCGUACCUGCAUCUGGAACACGCAGGGAGCCCGUACCUGCAUCUGUAACACGCAGGGAGCCCGUACCUGCAUCUGUAACACGCAGGGAGCCCGUACCUGCAUCUGUAACACGCAGGGAGCCCUUACCUGCAUCUGGAACACGCAGGGAGCCCGUACCUGCAUCUGGAACACGCAGGGAACCCGUACCUGCAUCUGGAACACGCAGGGAGCCCGUACCUGCAUCUGGAACACGCAGGGAGCCCGUACCUGCAUCUGGAACACGCAGGCGAUGUGGAUGGCGCAGCGGACGCCGUCCAGACAGAGGUCGUCCACCUCGGCGCCCUCGCCGUCCUGCAGGCCCGUGCUAAACGCCGCCAGCACCGGCGCCCAGGCCAGCUGGAACAUGGGCCGCACGUGCUCCACGUGCGUGGCGCACGUGAACUCGGCCUGCACGUGGCUGGCGGCCUCCAUCAGCGACCUGGCCGCCAUCGACAUCUGCUCCAUCUCCAGGUUGAACAGGAGCCGGCGCUGCUUCUCGUUCUGGGCCACUGCCGGUACAGUUUAUGGUGCCGGUCGGGAAACGAGUCGCAGAGCCUCAACCCGCACCCCUCGAGGAUGGUAUUGGAUGUUACCCUCGCCUUUUCAUUAUAUGAAGUGUUACAGAAUAAUUAAAUGUCACUUGUCUUGCCACAUAAAAAACAAGUUGAUAUUUAAACUAAAAUUUCGUCGCAACCUUAGCUCGAUAUUAUUUAGCAGGGUUACAGGCUACUGACCCUGUCUGCCAGGUCUGGCGCACGGUAUGACCCUCAUCUUGAUGGCGUUGCCGGCGAUGUCGUCGUAUAUUCUCGUCAGGUAGAGAGGCGGCAGGUCCUCUCCGCCGUUGAUCCCGCGGUUCAUCCGGAUGUACUGCUCCAUGGUGAUUUUGUGCUGCGAGAGAGGGGGAGCAUGAUAUCGAAAACGAUACCGUUACUUCAUCUUCAUAUACCCUUUGUAAAUCGUCAGUCCCUCAAUGCCAUAAUGGGGAAAAUGCAGUUUCUCGUACCUUGACAUGGGCGCUGUGCAGAUCAGUAGUCAGCAUGAUGAUGGAAAAUGCCAGCACGUAGGCUGUGUCUGGACUGGUGAACAACUCCUGGCUGCGAACAGAUUAUGUAUACUUUUCAAUUGUCUGCGAUAUUGAUUAUGCUGUUUAUUGAAAUGUUUUAGCGAUGUUCAGAAUUAGCAUUCAUACUGCUGAACUAAUAAUUUCUAUUUUUAGUGUCAGAACAUAAAGCACUUUCAAGUGUUAUUUCAGACAAUCCCUUUUCAUUAUGGGCUAUCACGAUGCACGACUGCGACUAAAAUUUCGCUACAA